GCUUGCUACGGCAACGAUUUUCCAGCGGAAUACCUACACCAGCCAUUAGAUGGCACUGUGUAUGAGGCACUGCACAUGCUAAAUGUAACCGAGCGACUCCGUGGGCGAACAAGAGCGUCGUCCCUUCUUUCUUAGGCGGAAUGUGGUCGAAGGCGCUUCCUUUAGGGGGCCACGUCAUUCGCUCCAUCAACCCGGAAAUGACACUGAGAGGUGGUUUUCUGGACCAAUGAGAGUGUUGUGCGUAGGCAAAAGGGGAAAGGUCAUCGACGCUAUGGAGAUGGUGGCGCUAAAGGAGGUUGCCGGGCAGAUAAAACCGUGUCAGUAAGGGCUAAGUGAGCGAGAUGGUGUCUGCUUCGCGCUUCGGCUGAACCUUUCUUGUGACCUCUUAGCCUCUCUGGUUGCCCUCGCGCCCUCCUCCGUCCUCUCCAAUGAGCGGCGCGUACGAGUUGCUAUGGCGGUUCCUGCACGCCCUCCUCUUUGCCCAGCGCGCGCUCUUCGCCUGGUUCCGAGAGCAGUUUGGAGGACGCGGCUCGUGGGUCAGCCGUUGGCGGCAUGGCGCGACUUCGGUGGCCGUGGCCGCCUCGCGGGCUCUUGUGGUGCCGGCAGCUUUUGCCUUUCAUAAGCCCGCCGCAGCGGGGAGGAAAGUGCUGAACAACCAGAGCCGGUGGCGGCGGGAUGGGAAGUCCUUGCAGAAGCUGCCGGGCCAUGUGGGCCUGGUAGUGACCGAAGAGGAGCCGAGCUAUGCGGACAUGGCCAGUCUGGUGGUGUGGUGCAUGGCUGUGGGCAUCUCGUAUGUCAGCGUCUACGACCACGAUGGUAUUUUCAAGAGAAAUAAUUCAAGAUUGAUGGAUGAAAUUCUAAAGCAGCAACAGGAAUUAUUAAACCUUGACUGUUCCAAAUAUACCAUAGAAUUUGCAAAUCAAGACAAAACAGAUCAAGUUUUAAAUUGCCAACCUACAUUAAAUGUGCUGUCUCCAGAGGAUGGAAAGACAGAUAUAGUAAGAGCAGCUCAGAAAUUUUGCCAUUUAGUAGCACAGCAGCAAAGCAAAUGCACAGAUCUGGAUGUGAAUGUCUUGGACAAUUUACUAAGUAGUACAAAAGGCUUUCCUGACCCUGACUUAAUACUGAAGUUUGGUCCUGUGGACAGCAUAUUAGGAUUCCUUCCUUGGCACAUCAGAGUGACAGAGAUCAUUUCUUUACCUUCACAUGUGAACAUCAGCUAUGAAGACUUUUUCUCUGCCCUUUGUCACUAUGCAGCCUGUGAACAGCGCUGGGGAAAAUGAUUUCUUGCUGAACAUUAUCAGGAUUUCUUUGGAAAGGACCCAGUGUCUCUGUUUACAAAUACCUGUGAUAUAAGUUCAGUACAUAGUCUUUCUUAAUUUAUCAAAUUCAAUAAAGUGUCUUACCUUUCUAGAA